AUGGAUUGUGGGUUAAUUAACGAGAAUCCAAUUGUUUACCGGAAGAGAGAUCGACCUGUUCGUACUGAUCUGAGCAAUACCGAUGAUGAGUUUUCAGUUGAUGUAAGAGUAGAACCAGGGAGUCAUGACCAAGAGACUGCAGUCAAUAAACAACUAGGCGAUAAAGAGCGUAUGGCGGCAGGACUUGAGAAUCCCAACUUGGUUGAUCUGAUCAAUUCCAUCUAA